CUAAAAGAGAGAGGUCCAAUCGUUAGUUGAGUGGGCACUACUACCACUACUAGUUUAAGAUUAAGAGAUUGUUUUGUUGAGACCCACAACCGCAUUGUGUUUUUGCAGCCAUGGUUGCGAGAACCCCACCCAUGCAGAAGAAAAUGUUAGCUCCACUUAAUCCAAUUCUCAUUAGAGAGACACUCAUCAAGGUGGAUCGGUGCAUGGCACGGCUUCAGGAGCUUCAGUACACUGUGACUGGUGGAAGUAAGGUGGUUUCGGGCGUUAGUCUCAGUCCUCGAAGUACCAGAGGUUAUCUCAGAACUAGUCUCAGGUGUAAACAAGAAUCACUCAGGCUCAAGAAUGGUGGAACUAGGAAAUCUCCCGUGGGAAAGUUUCCCUCUCCAUCAAAGACAGGUGAAUGGAGAAGAAUGUCAUUGCCUGCAAUGCUAGUGGGUGAAACCGUUGGGGAGAUUCUACAAGCAACUCAAUUUGCUAGAGAAAUAGUCUCAGUAGUUAAUAACAAACCUUUCGUCACUUCUGACGAUCCAAAAACUCCGAUGUCUCAAAGGCUAAAUAGAAAAUUAUCGUCAUUUCAAGCUGAAAAUACUGAAUUCAAGGCCAGAAGGAAGAAGGAAAAGCAAACAAAACCACAGCACGAAAAUUCACCAUCGCUUCAACGUGCUCGUUCUAGAAUCAAUUUUAAGGUAUCACCUCCAAAAGUAAAAGAAUUUGACAAAGAAAACAAGAAGUACUUGACUAAUAGAGUGUCACCAAGAAACAAACAAUGGGCCAAAAAAACAGUGCUAUUUCCAAACCCUUUGUACCUUCCAACCCAACCUUCUUCACAGCAGCAACGAUUUUCAAAGACCAGGUCUCCCAUUGUAUUAAGAAACAGAGGAACAGCAACAACCACAUCUAUAACUACGCCACAUAAAUUUGUGAUCAAGUCACCACAACCUUCAUCUUCAAAAGUUCAAGUCAAGAAGAGUCCACAAGUUAAAAGUAAUAAGAAGUUGAUUUCACCAAGUAGAACAACUACCGGAAGGAGUUCUCCAAAGAGGUUCCAUGUGUUUCAUCCACCAACCGUGUAUCUUUCUUCACCAACAGGAAAAGAAAAUUUGAGUAGGAAUUCGCCGAAGCGAUCUGUCUCAGUCGCUGCAAAGAUUCGUAGAUCCUUUUCUCCUUUGAGGAUGGCCACCAGAUUGGUUUCGCCAUUGAAAAGCAGGAAAACUGUAUUGAAAACUGAUGGGUUAGCAGUGAGUGGACUAAAACAACGCCCAACAUCAACAAUGAAAAUCCCUAUUCGUGGAAUUUAAAAAUGCGUUUGUGUAUAAUCCAGGGUUUGUUUAUUUUACUUUUUUUGCACUUUGUACUCCUGCAGGACUAGUGGAGAGUGUGAGGAAAUAUUUCUCAUGUUAAUAGCAAUUUAUUUUUUUCCUAUCCAUUUAAGAAAAAUCACAAACUAAAUAUUCUUUGAUCUGA